AUGCCACUCGGAUUUCUGUCCAACUUUUUGAGGACGAUUUUGAGCUCCAGGUCAAACGUAAAGAAAAAAACUACGAAAUUUUUUUUUUAAUUUUCAGUCUACCGUUCCUUUUUCAAUCUGAACUGUUUUCUCCACAUGUAUCACUUAUUUUUUUUAAAGAAAUUUGUGACCCUCCAAAAAAAUUUCUCUCAAAAAUUGAAUACUUGAUUAAUAAAGUUAAAAGUGAGCAAGAUUUGGAGAUUAAUAAAAACAAGAAUUCUUUCAUCUUUUAUUCUAAAAUUCAACACAACUUUUCAUAACUUGGAAAAUCUCAAACUCUGUCUCAAAAGACGACAUACAGCACAUAAACCACUCUCCCCAGCUCCAAAGUUCCUCUUCACCUUGCAAACGAUCACUACAAGGUGUAAAGCCCUCUUCACAAACGCCGCCGUUUUUUCGCGUCCCACGGUCAUCAUGCAGAUUCCGAAGGAAAUAAAUAGAUUAUACGAGCCUGACAAUUACUGGCUCUGAUACAUGAGCGACGCCGGCGUGUUACAUUUCGGAGCUCGAAAGGUGGUGCCAACUGUUCCCAUUGGCCUUGCUCCGUCCGACUCUCUCGCUCCAACCGACUUGUCCUUGUUGUUAUUUUUUUUUGUCUUGAGUGACAAAGACACUUGUCGUUUUUCAUUAUGACUCUCCGUUCGCUGCACGUCGUGUUUUGUUUUUCAGUUGAAUAAUCUUAGUUUUUUUCAGAGGAAAGUUGGUGCAAAAUGUGAAGAAACUCUUGCAAUGGCAAACGAAUCAAAAAUUUACGUUUUCGUGCUAUUUUUAUUAUUUAGUAGUGCAAAAUCAACGCGCAGUCUCAAAAGGUCGAUCGAAAACAAUUGCGAGUGAGUUUAUUCUCUCAUCAGAGUGAAAUUAUUGAGGUAUCGAAAAAAGCUAAUGUAAAUGACUUUCGAUUCCCAGAAGUCUAGAGUGGGCAACCCACACGAGCAUGCCUUGAGUCAGUUUCAGGGAAGUAGUUAACAAGAAAAAAUUUCGAAACGAGGAAAGUUUGAAGAACCUAGAGCACGGAAAACUGGGUUUGAAAUGAGUACCGUUCUGAAGCUCAUUCUGUAUUCACUUCCAUAGGACGCUUCGUGCAAACAACUGAGAAAUAAACUAAAAAAAGACAAUUUGAUUGAUUACUUUUAUUGUUGCAUUUAUAAGAAGAAAAUAUGUUUCAUAAAGACAUUCAUCAUUCCUUUCUCCGUUUACUUUGGGACUGAUUAUUUAUUCUUAACUACCUUAGAAACUUGCUUCUUUUUUGACUUUAUCAAAUACAAUCAACAAUAAUAUGGAUCCAGGAGUGUGGAUCCUCAAAAAUUCUUCUUUCUCAUUCGCAAAUCAAUGGAAUUUCUUCAAGUUCAAUCAAAGCCUCAUCAACCAUAUAUUUCAGCUUCGCAGGCGACUUGCACGAUGCCUGGGCCCACUGCCGAUGCGUCGCGGUUCCGAACGUCGUCAAGUCGCUGGACGAUCAGUACAUGACGUCAUCGAUGCCUCUGCACGUCAUGUGUCGUCAUUCCUCGUCGGCGACGAUUGCUCCGUUGCCCAACGUCGACAACGCGCCGCCGCCACCUCCUCACAUCGUGGCGCUGUCGAUGACCGACGGAUCCUUGGCGUUCAUCCAGCAGGACGCCUUCAAGCACCACGACAUCCAGGCCCUUGACUUCUCAAACAACCAGAUCCAGACCGUCAACGUCAAUGCGUUCCGAGGACUCGAGGUAUUCCAUAUAACUUUACCAAGCUUCAUCGUUUUUCAGAUGAAACUGACUCAACUCGAUUUGUCAAACAACAACAUGUCCGUUAUACCCACUUGGGCGCUCACUUAUUUGCACAAUUUGCAAUUCCUGCACCUCCAAAACAACAGAAUCGACACUGUCCGUUCAAACACUUUCGAUGAGACGCAACUCAACAACUUGCAAUUUCUACAUUUGGAUCACAACCAGGUAUCAUCUGAAUUAUUGUUAGGAAAAGGGUUAUUUUUAGUUGAAAGUUAUUCCGAAUCUCGCUUUUCACCGAUUGCGACUGAUUGUUCUCACGAUGUCAAACAACAGGAUCAGUGAAAUUCAUAAAAUGUCGCUGCCAGCUACUCUAAAUUUCAUCGACCUGCGGAAUAACGUCUUGACACAGGUGAUAAAAAAGAGAGGCGUCUUGAAAUUCUUUUAAGAUCCCCUAUUUGGCACUAAACGAUCUCAAAAAUCUUCAGUCGUUGGACUUAGAGGGCAACAACAUCACAGUGUUGGUCAAUGACCCUGAGGUUGGCCUACGAAAGAAUUGAACACGAGAAAUAAGAUCCAUUUCCGCUGCAGGUAGUUUUCAAGUCUGAAAUAAAGGUCGUAUUGCGGAACAACAAAAUUCGACGCCUUGAUAGCUCAUCGUUCCGUAGCUUCCGAAAAAUCAAAGAACUUGAUUUGAGCUAUAACCAGGUUGGUCAAAAUUUUAUUGAAAAUUGAAUAGUUGCUUAUAGAUCUCGGCGAUUGAUGAAUCGGCAUUCGAGACUGUCAGCCAGCUGAAGAUCCUCGACCUCAGCUAUAACCACGUGGCACAUUUGCCUCGAGGCGUUUUGAAAAACUUCGCCAAAACUUUGACGCACUUGAACUUGGAAGAAAACGUCAUUCAUGCAAUGCCAGACGGUCUCAGGGAUUUGUACAACCUAACACACGUGAAUCUCAACGGCAACAAGCUCAACAAGUAUAGAAAGUAUCGCUAAGAAAAAAAAGUUAAAUUCAGAAUCGAUAGCGGUGUUCUUUCCGGCUCAAAAGGUUCCCUGACUGAGCUUCUGAUAGCCAACAACCACUUGCGACAUAUCCCAAACAGCGCUCUUUCUGGCAUGCAGAAACUCGAGCAUUUGGACAUAUCGAAAAACAGAAUCCAUUCGCUGGAAAGAGUAAGCUGUUAAGAAAAAGAUUGAUGAAAAACUUUCUUCAGAACUCUUUUGACACGGCUACAGGAGCAGAUACCAGUUUGACCAGACUCAAUCUGGCAGGAAAUAAAAUUCGAAACAUCACUGAUCCAAACGUUUUUGGACAAAUCAGUUCAUUGACCUAUUUGGAUCUGUCAUUCAACAAAAUAGAGCUUCUAGCGUCGAGAGUUUUUGAGAAACUCAAGGGAUUAGAGAGCCUAUUUUUGCAGGUAACCGAGAAAAAAAAACAAUUUUUCAGAAGGACUAAAUUUAGAACAACCGCCUCAAAAACUUUCCCGCUUCCUCUGUUUAUCGGUUAGAGAAGCUAAGGCAUCUCAUGUUGGACAAUAACGAAAUCGCGAAAAUGGACAACUUCUCUCUAGCCGACCUGCCACGACUUCAGCAUCUAUCUCUAGCCGCCAACAAAAUGGAAGUCAUCACCGAAAACGUCAGAUUCAUUCAAUUUCUACAGAAUGAAGAAAAGAAGGCAUUUUAGAUGUUCAGUGCAAGCAGUUCGCGAGAACUGAAAUCUCUAAAUUUGGCUCACAACCGGAUAAAUACCAUCUCAAAUCGAGCUUUCCAAGAUCUGGAAAACUUGCAACAAUUGAGACUGAACAAUAACCAUCUAAGAACGCUUUCUGCAAUGGUUUAUAAUCCAAUACACGGUUUGACCUAUCUAAUCAACUUUUCAGGUUUUUUCUAACCUUCGAAACUUGCGUUAUCUCGAUUUGUCUCACAAUAAAAUCGUCAAAAUUCUUCCAAGUGCUUUCCACCAGCUUCCUGCAUUAGACGUUCUCUAUCUUCAACACAACAACCUCGUCGAAAUAGACAGAGACGCUUUCCGGUUUGCAUUCCCCGAGACAGAAUAUAAAUGAUUUCUUGUUCAGAGGCACGACAGGACUUCAUUCUUUGCACCUAUCUAACAACGCUUUGAGAGAGUUCAGUUGUGAAUAUUUGGGCAGCAUAUCACAGCUCUAUCACCUUGAUUUGGAAAAGAACUCUAUUCAUCAGUGAGCAUUUCCGAAAGCAAAUUUGUUGUUAUUGGAAUUUUUAGUGUUGACAUAACCUGCAUCGCGAGGAGCAUUAGAAAGCUGAACUUAGCAUCAAAUCGGAUGGAGAAAAUUGGCAGGAAACUUUUACAAGGCAAUAAUUCCAAUCCAUUGAGAGAAAUAUUCACGCAUGGGUUUCAGAUGCGACCGAAAUUGAAGAGGUUGAUCUUUCUCACAACGGUUUGAUUGAAGUUGAGAACGACGCUUUCUCUGAAUGCCGAAAACUGGCCGCAAUAAGCAUAGCGCACAACUACAUUCGAAAUCUAUGGAAAGGAACUUUCAUCUAUCAGGUAGGAAGUGAACUCGCGUGAAAAUAAUUGAAAAAUAAUUGGCAGCAAACGCUACACGUUCUCGACAUAUCACACAAUGACAUUCUAUUCCUCCACCAAGGAACUUUUGGCAAAAAUAACGUGCUCGAGUUACUCGCGGCUGGCAACAAAUUGUCGCGAGUUCCUAUCGAAGCCCUUUCUACAACUAAUUCGGCGUUGAAUCGCCUCGAUUUAUCCUCCAACAAAAUCAAGUGAGCGGAAAACAUUUGCAAACCUAUAACCGGCGCUUUUUCGUGCAAUUUUUUUUAAAUUCCGAAAACGAUCAAGAUUUAUUCUAGGUACUGAACUUGAAAGGAAGGAAAGUCUAUAAGAAUUUCAGAAUCGUCGAAUCAAGUCAGCUGACGGGAUUCAAAAACCUGACCUACCUGUCCUUUGCACAAAAUCGAGUAGACUCAGUUGAAGAAGGCGCUUUUGAGCACUUGACCAGUUUGAAAACCUUGGACUUAUCGAACAAUCCAGUCACAUCAUGGAGCCCUACAGCCUUCAGAGUAAGUCAGAGUGGAAAUACCACAUUUCUGUGGUUUUGUAGGAUCUGAGUCAUUCAAUAAUCAGCGUGAACGUCGCCAACACAGGCCUUUUCUCAAUACCAAAGUUCAGCCACAGAUCUUUACAGUCGCUCAAUAUCAGCCAGUGAGUAGUAUUGUGUACUAUCAUGCUAUAAAAACUCUCAGCAACAAAAUUUACGAGAUGAGUGAUCGCGACAUGGCUCCGCUGGCAAAACUAGUCUCUCUUGACAUGUCUUACAAUAAUGUGAAAGUUAUCGAGCCCGACGUCUUCCAACAACUUUUGCACCUCAAAAAUCUGAACAUCAGUGCUAACCCCAUUUCUCAUAUCCAUGAUGAGCACAUCGACAGGCUAUAUCAGGUGCGCUCUUCUCAAGACCACGUUCAACUCCGAGUUUCAGCUGGAAACCUUACACAUCUCCAAAAUGCCUGCAUUGCUUCGACUACCCGAAGCUCACACAUUCGCACAGCUUAACAACUUAAAGAAUUUACAAGUAAGCUUGAUUGAACUUGAGUAAAAAAGGCGAAUACAUAGCUGUACGACAUUCCCAACGAAGCUAAACCUUUCGACGUCGCUCGGAUUCUUUAUCACCUUCCUCCCUUGCACAGCCUGCACAUAGAGAUCAAGCAGGACAGACUAGAUCAUCAGUUGGUUGCAGCCGACACGCGCUUACUCCGUCAGCUGGCCAUCACUGGCAAGAAUCUCACAUCGGUAUGCAAAGUUCCGUUCUCCGAACUAGAUUCUCAAAAAAAAAACACAAGUAAGUAUAUUCCGGCAUCCUUUUACUGAUUUUUGGCUUCACUGCUCACAAGAAAACCUUUUCAAAAAUUAAAAAUUACGUUUUUGGGCAGCUCUUCGCAAAUAACACCCUUUUUUGUUAAAGAAAACGCUCCUCAGCUGCACAGUCAGGGAUCGUAUAAAGAAUAGAAAAGAAGUUCAGAUCGACGUCGGAGCUUUCGCCAACAUCCGAGGCUAUCGAGUGCACAUUUCUCUGGAAGGCACAUCCGUGGCUCACUGGGCUCCCCUGAUUUUCGACACUCUUACUGGAAUCUCUCUUCUUUCACUCAGGUUCAAAAUACGCCAUUUUCGCGUAAUCGGAGAAAAGUUCAGCCUUGUCAACAACAAGCUUACGUCCGUCAAUCCAUUCAGAAGCACGAUUCCGCCUGUCGUCAACCAGCACGGCACAAUUUUACAGUCUAUUGAGCUGAGGGUAACCAGAAAAAAGGAAAGCCAAGAAGAAUUCUUUGCAGGACAAUCCGAUCAACUGCAAUUGCUCAAUGAGAUGGGCCGGCGACUACAUGCGCGUGACGUCAUUCCUUUCUUCAACUUCAAAAUCUUACGACUUCGACCAAGUUUUCUGCACCCCAGAAGAGUCCACAGCCGCGCUUUUCCACAGAAAACCGUCGAAUCUUGUCGAAAAAGUAUUUGCGUUGGAAGGAGACUGUCAUAA